CUGUAGAGAUUACAGCCUUGGAAGCCCUCUGGGGCAGUUCUGCUCUGUCCUGUAGGGUUGCUAUGAAUUGGAAUCGACUCAUUGGCAAUGGGUAUCUCACAUAGGGUUCCCAAAAUUUUCUCCCAGUCUGUAGGUUGUCUUUUCACUUUGUUGAUAAAGUCCUUUGGUGUACAAAAGUAUUUAAUUUUUAUGAAGUCUCGUCUAACUAUUUUGUCUUUAGCUGCUUGAGCUUUUGUUACCAUGUCUGAUAAUUUACCUUUAAACACUAGAUGGUAUAUUUUCUUUAUUGUGGGUAUUAAUCCUUUGUCAAUUGAUACAUGUUACAAAUACGUUCUUUCAGUUUGUGGCUCAUCAUUUCACUGUUUAUGGUAGUUUUUUUGGGUUUUCAUUUUUUUGGGGGGGGUAAACAAGUUGUUAAUGAAGUCAAAAAUUUAUCUGUCUUUUCCUUUAUGAUUAACUCCAAGAAUUGGCUAUCUAUGGCCCAUGGGCCAGAUCACCUGUUUUUAUAAAGUUGUAUUGGAACAUAGCCCUGCCCGUUUAUUUGCAUAUUGUCUGUCAUUGCUUUCCUGCUACAAUGGCAGAGGUGUCUAGUUGCACCAGAGACCACGUGGCCCACAAAGCCCGAAAUAUUUACUACCUGGCCCUUUACAAAAGAAGCUCUUCAACCUGUGAUUUACCCCAAGAUCAUAAAGAUCACCUGCACUUCUAAAAGCUUUCCUUGACACGCUUCUAUCAAGCAGGAGUGUGAGCCUCUUCUCAUUGCUGGUAAACUUCCUGGUGGGUAUCCUUUUCUCAGAACAGUUGAAAUUGAAAAUCUGUGGGGGCCAGUUACCCCUUCUUUAUGGUCUCUCCAAGGGUCCGUGUUUAUCUCUCACUUUAGCUUUGGGCAGAUUGAAAUAAAGUCUUCAACUCUGCACCGUCUGUGACUUGUAACAAGUUUCAUUGAUGAACUUUGACCAAGCUUAGCUUCUAAGACCUCAAAUGAACUGCUAAUAUUCUCUUGAAUUAACCUUGCAUUAAUAGUAGCUUCUAGCCACACUUGAAAAAAUUUUCAAUUUCACCGCUUACUUUUCUUUGUCUUCUCUUGAUGAAUGAAUGUCAGCCCGGACUUGGCACUGUCAUUUCUCAUAUGUUGCAAGUCUCACUCAUUGUCCUUCAGAACCAUUCCUGUUGUCAGAUGAGUUAUCUUGUAUGCACUUACAAUGCUUGUUUUCUCGCUGCUUUUUUUUCUCCUUCCUCCUUUUGUAGUUACAGCCUUGUUUCCAUGUAUACCUCUUUGUUGUACAUUUCCACUGCUUUUGUAUGUACCAGACAUCCCAAGGUAAAUACCUCAAAACUAAACACAAAAGCUAACUGAAACUCUGUAAAAGAGAGUUGCAGACUAGCGACCCACAGGCUAAUUGUGAUGUAUAAAUGAGUUUUGUUGGGCCCAAACUCUUUAAAAUUAUUUGCAGACCUUUAAAAUUGGAAAAUUUCACAUAAAUCUUUGAUUUUCUUACUUUUGAAAAAUUAAAAAUUCUGUGUAUCUUGUCCUACCUUUCACAGUGACAACAGUCUUGGAAUGUAGUGGCAGCAGUGCCUCCUGUAGAUGGGGUGUGCACUCUCCAGUUUGCUCCAGUCCCCACUGCUCCCUGCUGACCCUCGAUACUGAGCCCCGAAAAACCAGUUCUGUGUCCUUGGAGGACCACAGUCCAGUCAGAAAGCCCCUGGCGAAACCUGGCUGCAGCUAACGUCCCUAUGGGACGGGCGUACGGCACACAGGCUGCUGAAGAGCAGAAGGAGGAGCCCCUACACUCAAUCAUAAGCAGCACAGAGACCGUGCAGGGUUUCAUUUCCAAGCAUGAGUUCCAGGCUGAGACAAAGAAGCUUCUGGACAUUGUUGCUCGUUCCUUGUAUUCUGAAAAAGAGGUGUUUAUCCGGGAGCUGAUCUCAAACAGCAGUGAUGCCUUGGAGAAACUGAGACACAAGCUGGUGUGUGAAGGCCAGACGCUGCCAGAGAUGGAGAUCCACCUGCAGACCGACACUGAGAAGGGCACCAUCACCAUCCAGGACACUGGCAUCGGGAUGACACAAGAAGAGCUGGUGUCCAACCUGGGAACAAUCGCCAGAUCGGGGUCAAAGGCCUUCCUGGACACGCUGCAGAACCAGCCUGAGGCCAGCAGCAAGAUCAUCGGCCAGUUCGGUGUGGGCUUCUACUCCGCCUUCAUGGUGGCCGACAGGGUCGAGGUGUUUUCUCGGUUGGCAGCCCCAGGGAGCCCAGGCUACCAGUGGUUUUCGGAUGGCUCUGGAGUGUUUGAAAUUGCCGAGGCUUCUGGAGUCAGACCUGGAACCAAGAUAAUCAUCCACCUCAAGUCAGAUUGCAAAGAGUUUGCUGUUGAGUCCCGGGUUCAAGAUGUGAUAACAAAGUACAGUAACUUCAUCAGCUUUCCCGUGUACCUCAACGGAAGGCGCAUGAACACCCUACAGGCCAUAUGGACAAUGGACACCAAGGACGUGGGUGAGUCGCAGCAUGAGGAGUUCUACCGCUAUGUCACCAAGGCCUAUGACAGGCCCCGCUACACGCUGCACUAUAGGACCGAUGCACCCCUCAACAUCCGCAGUAUCUUCUACGUGCCAGAGAUGAAGCCGUCCAUGUUUGACGUGAGCCAGGAGCUAGGCUCUAGCAUCGCCCUCUACAGCCGCAAAGUCCUCAUUCAGACCAAGGCUGCUGACAUCCUGCCGAAGUGGCUACGCUUCGUCCGAGGUGUGGUGGACAGCGAGGACAUCCCCCUGAACCUCAGCCGAGAGCUCCUCCAGGAGAGUGCACUCAUCAGGAAACUCCGAGAUGUUUUGCAGCAGAGGCUGAUAAAGUUCUUCAUGGACCAGAGUAAGAAAGACUCUGAGAAGUACGCGGAAUUCUUUGAAGACUAUGGCUUAUUCGUGAGGGAAGGCAUCGUGACCACCACUGAGCAGGAGGUCAAGGAGGACAUAGCAAAGCUGCUGCGCUAUGAGUCCUCAACCCUGCCCGCGGGGCAGCUGACCAGCCUCGUGGACUACACCAGCCGCAUGCAGGCCGGCACCCGCAACAUCUAUUACCUGUGUGCGCCCAGCCGGCAGCUGGCUGAGCACUCGCCGUACUAUGAGGCCAUGAAGCAGAAAAACAUGGAGGUUCUCUUCUGCUACAAGCAGCUUGAUGAGCUUACCUUGCUCCAUCUGCAUGAGUUCGACAAGAAGAAGCUGAUCUCUGUGGAGACAGAUAUUGUCAUCGAUCACUACAAGGAGGAGAAGUUUGAGGACGGGUCCCCAGCUGAUGAGCGCCUGUCAGAGAAGGAGACUGAGGACCUGAUAGCCUGGAUGAGAAAUGCACUGGGGUCACACGUCACCAACGUGAAGGUGACCCUCCGACUGGACACCCACCCAGCCAUGAUCACUGUGCUGGAGAUGGGGGCCGCUCGGCACUUUCUGCGCAUGCAGCAGCUGGCCAAGACCCAUGAGGAGCGUGCCCAGAUCCUGCAGCCCACCCUGGAGAUCAACCCCAGGCACUCACUGAUCAAGAAGCUCAGUCAGCUCAGAGCAAGUGAUCCUGACCUGGCCCAGCUGCUCGUGGAUCAGAUCUACGAGAACGCCAUGAUAGCAGCAGGGCUCGUUGACGACCCCAGAUCAAUGGUGGGCCGCCUGAAUGAGCUCCUCACCAGAGUUCUGGAGAAGCACUGAGCACCCAGGGCCCUGCCUACAGUAGGACCACCCUGCCGUGACCAUCCUCUCUCUAGGAGAGGGAACAACGAGACUGAGUGCUGGGAGGAGCCCCUACAGCCACCAGGAUGUGAGGAGGCCCGGACAUAAUACUGAGACCACCGCCUUGAGUUUGAGUUUAUUUACCUCAAUUAAAGGUAUUUCUCAAUCUAA